ACAGCAUCCCGCCUUUGCUCUCGUUUCCUGAGGUGGGUACCGUUCGGAAUUUUGGGGAGCCAUCCGCGCAGCCGAUCUCUGGCAGCAAGAGGUGAUUGGAAGGAUGUGGCGCGAAGCCACUGUUUGAUCGGAUUUGUCACUCUCAUGGUCGCUUCGGUUUUUCACAAUCAAAAUUAACAGCAAAAUAAGCCAAGAUGUCUGUUGAUCCAAUGACCUAUGAGGCCCAGUUCUUUGGCUUCACACCGCAAACUUGCAUGCUCAGGAUCUACAUUGCAUUUCAAGACUACCUAUUUGAAGUGAUGCAGGCUGUGGAACAGGUUAUUCUGAAGAAGCUGGAUGGCAUCCCAAACUGUGAGAUUAGCCCGGUCCAGGUUCGUAAUUGCACAGAGAAGUUUCUUCGCUUCAUGAAAGGACGUUUUGAUAAUCUUUUUGUCAAAAUGGAGCAGCUGUUUUUACAGUGGAUUUUGCGUAUUCCUCCAAACAUCUUGCUUCCGGAAGAUAAAUCUCAGGAGAUGCAUUCUUAUAGUGAGGAAGAAUUCCAGCUUCUCCAAAAAGAAAUUGAACAGUUACAGGAGAAGUAUAAGACUGAAUUAUGCACUAAGCAGGCCCUUCUUGCAGAAUUAGAAGAGCAAAAAAUUGUUCAGGCCAAACUUAAACAGACAUUGGCUUUGUUUGAUGAGCUUGAAAAUGUUGGCAGAAAUCAUGGGACUAGUGAUUUUAGAGACAGCUUGGUGUUCCUGGUACAGAACUCCAGAAAACUCCAGGAUGUUAGAGACAAUGUGGAAAAGGAAAGCAAAAGACUGAAAAUAUCUUAAUUUCUAAAGCAUAAAAGGAGCUGGUAAAAAGUAGAAUGAGUAAGGAAUUUGUAUCAAUGAUUCUUAUGUUAGUGAACUGUAUAUUUUGUGGGAUUUUCUUUGUUUACUCUUGUAUUCCACACUUUCCUUGUUUGGUCCACUCCUGGCAUAUCUAUGUAUUGCUCUGAACUAAUCUCUGAAGCAUUUAUUCCUUACAGGCCUCUAAUAGGUGGGAAGGGAUUCCUGACCCAUUAAAGACUUAUUUGGGGGCAUGAUGAAGAAAUAAAGCUUUUCGUGGCCAAAGAUGUUUGUAAAAGGUGUAUCUUGGUCAUGAGUCCUUUGUAACCUUGAUCCUUUUAACUUAAUCUUUAGAUGAGACCAAAUGACUAAAAGGUUGAGUGGGUGGCUUCUUUAUUAAUCAGCCACUACACUGUGGGACAGCCAACAUAGAACGCUUGCUUUUGCCCAUGUUUUCUUACAUGAUAACUAGUUGAAAGAAGCAAGUAGCAGAGAAAACAACCCUGAUCUUUAGUAAAGAAGAAAUAAAUUGUUUUUAUUUCUAAAAUAAACCCUUUCCAUGACCAAGGCCUUGAUGGUGUUAAACAUUUUACUGUCUUGGAGCCCAGUAGUGGAAGACUUUGGACAAAAAAGGAAGCCUGGAACAUACCCAAUAACAAAGUUUCUAUUAACUGACUGUUAGGUAUUUAUGCCAUUUUUUAAUUCAUAUUUCAGAUAGUUUUGGAAUUUUUCUUGUACCUAAUAUUUAAUUAACUUAUGCAGUCACACUCAUAGACAUCAAAUAUUUAAUGCCCUCAGUGGGAAAUUUUAGCUGUGUCUUUCGUUUAAACUCAGUAGAGUCUGAUGUUUCAUUUUGUAAUUAAUCCAUGUAACAUGUUAGGUCUCCCAAGGAAAGGGAAGGUUUGGCAGUAGUUACUCUCAAGAUAUGGUUUGUCCAUGUCUCCCUAAUAACAGGAUUUGGAGUUUCUCCUUUGUGUAGAAGAGUAACCUAGGGUAUUAAUGUUUGCAAUUAAAUAUUCAUAGAUUUACGAAGUCUGUGUUUACCUGGAAUAUGUUUAUUAUCAAAGAGUUCUUUUUCCAAUCUUGUACAUGAAAUACAUGUUUUUAACGGCUUGGUUUUCGAUUUUCUGUCUGUAAUGUCAUGGUAUAUUUCCUUCUUCAAUAUUACUUUUUAUCCAAAUGAAAUUUUUUCUUUUUCUUUUUUCA